AUGAUGCGAUUGGACUCGAAAGUCCAAUCGCAUCAUGGUGCGAUUCUCUCGCACCAUGGGUCUCUCGCAGUGUCCAUUUCUUCCUUUCCAGAAUUCUUGUACAAACAAGCGGUCAGCUUCGACAACAUCACAACGCAAGUCGAGAUCCUGGACACAUCUCUCUGCGAAGAACGAUGCUGUCUACCAAACCACAUAGAGUGGGCAGAUGCUUUCGUGGUAGUGUACAGUGUAUGCGACAGGGGCACAUUCGAAGAGGCUCGACGACUUCUUGAAGCGGUGGCUCUAGGCAAAGGUGCCAGAAGGGCACCAGCUAUUCUACUAGGAAACAAGCGAGAUCUUGAGCGAGGGCGGCGUGUGGCAGUGGAUGAUGGACACGAAGCGUCUCUCAGGCAUCGGUGUCAGUUCUACGAGGUGUCUGCAGCGGAAAACUAUGUGGGAGUCUCUUUGGCCUUCCAGUCUUUGAUGCGCGAAGCUAGGGCAGCGCAACAACUGAGGACAUUACCAGUGUCGAGAAGAAAGGCUGGGCCAGCUCUGUCCAAAAUGAUUGGAAUGGUUUUUGGACGAGGCGACAAGGGUGCGUCGGACAGAAAAAAGAGACCAUCUCUAUCGAUCUGAUGAAAGUAAAGUAGGAGCAAACUCAACCUGACAGUAUUGUGAAGGCUGGGCAGCUCCUAAUAGCAACAUUACG